CGUGCGCGUCGCUCGGCGGCAGGGCCCGGGGCGCGCGGGGCGAUGGCGGCGGAGACGGGCCCGGGGAUGGCGGUGCGGGCGCUGCCCGCCUCCCCCAACUGGUACAGCAGCCGCUGCAGCGACGCCAGCAGCGACGGCCGCCUCUUCGGCUUCGCGGCGAGACACCGCGUCUGCCUGCUGGAUGUGGCCGCCGCCGCCGCGCCCGCGUUUUACGGGGAGCUCAUCGGGCACACGGACAGGAUCUCGGGGUUCGCCUUUUGCCACUGCCCCGGGCAGGGCAGGCUCUGCGCCAGCAGCUCGGACGAUGGAAGCGUCAGAAUCUGGGACAGCGGGACUCUGUCGCCAGUGCUGGAGUACAGCCUGCACCAGAACGCGAUCUCAGCGCUGCACUGGUCACCUCUUGUGAAAGAUCUGAUUGUGUCUGGUGAUGAGAAAGGUGUCAUUGUUUGUUACUGGCACAACAGAAGUGACAGCCAGCAGUUCUUCCCAGAGCCCCGAACGGUUUUCUGCCUCACCUGUUCUCCUCAUCAUGAAAAUCUGGUGGCCAUUGGCUACAAGGAUGGCAUGGUGGUGAUAAUUGAUAUCAGCAGGAAGAGAGAAGUCGUGCACCGGCUGAGAGGCCACGAGGAUGAGAUCCAUUGUCUGGCCUGGUGCCCUGUGCCUGGGGAAGAAAGGUUACCUGCUUGGCAGGAUGAGCUCCAGGCAGCUCCUUCAGAGGAAGGCAAGGUUCCAAAUGGGGAGCUGAUACAGGACACAGCCACGAAGAAAGGUUGUUACCUGGCUUCAGGAAGCAAGGAUCAAACCAUACGAAUAUGGAGCUGUACCAGAGGCAGGAGUGUGAUGACUCUGAGGCUGCCACCCACCAAGAGAAGAGGUGGAGCCGUGGAUCCGGCGGUCAAGGAGCGCAUCUGGCUGACGGUGCACUGGCCUGCUGCCCGCCCCACAGAGAUUGUGUCCAGUGCCUUUGGAGGAGAACUGCUCCUUUGGAAUUUGACCCAGCCUGGGAAACGCAAGUGGACUCUUCUGGGAUCUUCAGAAGGACAAAACCACUCCCGAAUUGUGUUCAAUCUCAGUUCUGUGAAGCACCAAGACAGAGAGUUCCUUUUUUCCAUUUCAAUGGACAGAGAUGUGAAAUGCUGGGAUCUGUCAACUCUGGAUUGCAGCUGGACCAUGCCCUCCCUUGGAGGAUUUGUCUACAGCCUUGCCUUCUCCCCUGUGGACACUGGCUGCCUCGCCAUCGGGGUUGGGGACAGCAUGAUCCGAGUGUGGAAUACUUUGUCCAUGAACAACAUUUAUGAUGUUAAAACCUUCUGGCAAAGUAUAAAGUCCAAGGUUACAGCAUUAUGCUGGCAUCCAACCAAGGAAGGCUCCUUGGCCUUUGGAACAGAUGAUGGAAAAGUUGGCAUUUUUGACACCUUGUCCAGCAGUGCUAAGAAUAAGCCACCUCAGAUCUCCAGCACCUACCACAAGAAGACAGUGUACACCUUAGCCUGGGGUCCUGCAACUCCUCCUCUGAUUGCUGGAGAAGAAAGUGAACAGCCCUCUGUAACUUUAUAUAGUUGUGCUGGAGAAGGAAUUGUUUUCCAACACAAUCCCUGGAAGCUUAAUGGAGAAGCAAAUGACAUCAACAAAGUCAUCAGAGACACCAAUUCAAUCAAACACAAGCUGCCUGCACGUACAGAGGUCAGCUGGAAACCAGAUGGCAAACUCCUGGCUCUUGGCAAUGAGGAUGGCUCAAUUGAAAUAUUUCAGGCACCCAACUUGAAGCUGCUCUGCACCGUCCAACAGCAUCACAAGCUGAUCAAUGCCAUUCGUUGGCACCAUGAUCAUGGCAGCCAGCCAGAGCUGAGUUACUUGAUAGCUUCAGGCUCCAUCAAUGCCACCAUUUAUGUGCAUAAUCUGAAGAAUGUUGUAGAGAACUCUUCAGAAAAUCCUUUGAUGAUAACAGAGCCUUUUCGAACUCUGUCUGGGCACACAGCUAAAAUCACAAGUCUUUCUUGGAGCCCCCACCACGAGGGAAGAUUAGUGUCUGCUUGUUAUGAUGGCACUGCACAGGUGUGGGAUGUGAUGAAGGAAGAGCCACUCUGCAACUACCGAGGGCACCAGGGCCGCCUGCUGAGUGUCCAGUGGUCACCAGUGGAUUCAGAUUGUGUUUAUACAGGAGCAGAUGAUUUUUCUGUUCACAAAUGGCACAUCUCCAAGCAGGAGCACACACGGCCUCCUCAGGGCAAAAAGAGUAUAGAAUUAGAGAAGAAAAGAAGUAUACAGCCAAAAGUCAAAGCCAAGAAGAAGAAAAAGCCUGUAGGCAAGAGUCCAGGCAAGCAGGAUGCAAAUGAUGCCAUGAAUGGAGAUGACAGCAUGAAGGAAAUGCUGCUGGAGGAAAAUGGAGUGUCAGACCAUGAAGAAGAAAAAGAAAUUCAGGAGGCAGAGUUGGCUGAUAAAGUCUCUGUGACUGUGUCCAGGGAUACAUCUUCAUCUGCAUGUGAUUAUUCUUCGUUCAGCUUGCCAAAGCCUUUUGUGACCCAGAAAGCUGCUCCUGUGAAAAAGGAUCCACCUAAAGAUAAACCAGCUCUUGAUGCCUCUCUGAAGAAGAGGAAGCCUCGUUCUAUUCUGCCCUUCAGCACAUUAAUGGAUCACAGAACAAAGGAGGAAUUAUAUCAGGACUGCUUGAGGCUGGCUGCAUGUCUGAAAACUAAAGAUAAUAAUGAAGAUGUGUCCCCUGACCUCAAGGAUUGCAUCCACCUGGGGCUGUUCACAGACAGGGAUUCUCUGCACAAGAUGAUUGAUAUGGAAGGAAAGCACCACUUGGAGAAUGGGCACGCAGAGCUCUUCCAGCAGCUCAUGCUGUGGAAAGGAGACAUGAAGGGUGUCCUCCAGGCAGCUGCUGAGAGGGGGGAGCUGACAGACCAGCUCGUAGCCAUGUCACCCAUGGUUGGGUACCAGGCCUGGGUUUGGACAGUGGAAGCCUUUGCCAAGCAGCUGUGUUUUCAGGAGCAAUAUGUGAAGGCUGCCUCCCAUCUCCUGUCCAUCCACAAAGUCUAUGAGGCUAUUGAGCUCCUGAAAGUGAACAAUUAUUACAGGGAAGCAAUUGUAAUGGCUAAGGCCAGGCUACGUCCAGAAGAUCCAGUUCUGAAGGAUCUCUACACCAGCUGGGCAGCUCUGCUGGAGAAGGAUGGUCAUUAUUCCAUGGCUGCCAAAUGUUAUUUGGGAGCUUCCUCACCCUAUGAUGCGGUUAAAGUGUUGUCAAAAAAGGGGGAUGUGACAUCUCUUAAAACUGCUGCUGAGCUUGCUCUGGUAUCUGGGGAGGAGGAGUUGUCAGCAACUUUGUCUUUGAGAUGUGCCCAAGACCUGCUGUUAUCCAGGAACUGGGUGGGAGCUCAGGAAGUCCUUCAGCAGCAUAAAACUUUAUUUGGACAAAGACUUGUUUUCUGCCUGAAUGAAGUGCUCUGCAGGUGCCUCAGUGAAAGGAACCCCUGUGAGCGAAAGAGCCCCGUGCCCCCCUGUUACCACAGCUGGGAGCUGAACAGAGAGGCCUCAUUUUUUGACAUGGUGACAGAAGUGUGGCAGAACGUGCUGGGCAUGGACACCACUGAACAAGCCACAUGUGCACAGGAGCAGCUUUGCAGGACUGAGCAUCCUCCUUCAACCAGCAACACACACCCAAAGCAGGUGCUUUUCCAUAUCUCCCAUGACCUGGCCCUUGCAGCCCUGAGCUGUCACUUGGGUAUGUGGGAUGAGGCAGUGAAAAGUAUUCUUGGGGCUGUGACCCGCAGUUUUGAUGCUGGGAAUUUCACUCUGAUGCAGGAGAUUUGCACUAUCAUCCUUCCAAAGGGCUGUGAUGACCUGAGAGACAAACUGGACAGCACAAACUCUCAGAGCAUGGAUGCCUGCAGGAGUCUGGAGGGCUUUGUGGCUUACAGACUGCUCUAUGACCUGUGGUGGAACCCACCCAGAGACUCCCUUGGCCUGCAGAAGGCUGUGUUGGAUCCUGUGCUGUGUCCCAGUGAGCAGACAGCUCUUGAGGAGAGCUGUAUUUCAGGUGACCCAUCCCCUGAGGAAACGGUUCAAAAUGCAGCUGAGAUGGGUGAAAACCUCUGCAGUACAACUGAAGUCCCUAAGUGUGAGACACAGAACAACUCAAGAACUGACUCUGUUGAUUUGGUAGACAGACAGUCAAAACUGAAGGGUUGCCAAGUACUCCUUUCAGAAGAGAUGGCUGCCUUGCAGAACACCCAGAGGGACAUAGCUGAGGUCCAGGAGACUUUAGCAGAAAUGAUCCGCCAGCAUCAGCAGCAGAGGAACAAUCUCCAGGAAAACACAAAUGGAAACACCCAGGGAAGCAACUUGGAACAGAGUUCACAGACUGAAUUAGACAAACCGUGCUCUGACAGCAACCAGAUGAAUUGCAACGAUGAAGCAAAGCAACCGGUUACACUUCCUGAGCUCACAAAGCAGCUUCUGAAAGCGAAGCAGAAACUAGCUGAAUUCCCAGACAAUUUAAAGGUCUUCCCAUUCCCUGACGUGCUGGAGUGCUGCCUCGUGCUCCUUCACCUUGGAUCCCAGUGUCCUCCUGAGCUGCAGGAAAAGGCUCUGGCUCUCCUUAGGAAACAGGGUAGUGCUGGUGUUUACAAAAAGGCUGGCAGGAGCUUCCUGACAUGACAUUUGGAGACCAAGCUGUCUUCCUUGAGCUGCCUCCAGCUGCUUAACACUAAGGCUGCUCUUUCUGCAAGUGAAGAAUUCUUUUGAUGGCUGUGGCUGUUACUGAUACAAAAUGUCAGGUUUAUCCACAUCCACUUGUGCUGAUCCACUGAUACUUAUUUAAGGAGACUGUUAGAAAACUGAAAAGCAGUAGAGCGUGGGCUUGAACUGUUAUAAUGGAUUUUUGUAGUUUUUCAUUUGUUGGACACUAGGCUGAUGAAAGCUCUUGCUGUUUACAUGCAAGAGAAAGUUUUGAGCAGCUGUGUAGUCUUUCAACAGAGGAGGAAGAGAAGCUGCCCUCAGGAAAAUCAAUGGUUUCUGUAAGCAAACUGAGCCUUAGGCCAGUAUUGUUCUUAAAAGCAUUGUGAGUUCAUUUUCUCUCCUUUAAAUAAAGUCUUCUACCACCAUUAA